AUGGCCCACCCACCGCUCGAAACAUUCCAAAUCGGUUGGCUAUGUGCCCUUCCGAUCGAGGCUGCCGCAGCUAUCCAGAUGUUAGAUGAAAAGUUCGGUCUUCUUGGAACCCAAGAAGCAUCCGACCCAAAUACCUACACUCUGGGCCGAAUUUGGCAACAUAAUGUUGCGAUCGCCUGCCUUCCUGCGGGGCAAUAUGGCAAUACUUCGGCCACCACGGUCGCAAACAACAUGGUCCGCACUUUUUCAAAAUCUCUCCGCAUUGGGUUGAUGGUUGGUAUUGGAGGAGGCAUUCCAUCUGCUGCGCAUGAUAUACGACUUGGCGAUGUUGUGAUCAGUUGCCCAGAAGACACAUCCGGGGGCGUUCUUCAGUAUGACAUGGGGAAAGUUGAUGUGGGUGGAAAAUUUGUUCGAACUGGGUCUUUGAACAGUCCACCCAGGUCAAUUUUGACGGCAGCCAACUUAAUGAGAGCUACCGAGCUUACAGAUGAUCCCCGAUUUCCAGAAUAUAUCGCGAGCGCAACCGAAAGAACACCACGAACUCGGAAAAGCUUUGGCCGACCUAAAGCACAGCAGGAUCGACUGUUCAAGCUGGAGCAUGUUCAUCCGUUGACUGUAAAUAGCUGCGAUGGUUGCCCGGCAGAAUGGGAACAGACAAGAAGUGAGCGCGAGAGUAGCGAUCCACAAAUGCACUACGGAAUCAUUGCAUCUGGGAAUGCUGUCAUCAAACAUGGAUGGACUCGGGAGCAGCUAAGGCUGGAGACUGGGGCUCUGUGCUUUGAAAUGGAGGCUGCUGGGUUGAUGCUAGACUUUCCUUGUAUAGUUAUCCGAGGUAUUUGUGAUUACGCGGAUUCACACAAGAACAAGCAGUGGCAAGGAUAUGCGGCAUUGGCGGCCGCAUCAUACGCGAAAGAGCUGCUAAGUUAUUUGCCAGAAGGCAGUGUAUCGCGGGAAAAUUUGAUGGUUGAUGUAUGUAAAGGUUUGAAGGAAGAAAUAAAAGGCACCAACCAGCGUAUUGACCGAGCAUAUGAACAACAAGAACAACACCAUCAUGAGCAGAGAACAAGAGCCUUGACGGAUCAGCAGCAGCGCUGCCACCAAGCUUUCAAGAUAGGAAAUUACACGAAUCAGAAAAAUAUCAACCCCGAACGAGCCGAAGGAACCUGUCAAUGGGCUCUACAAAGUCCCGAGUACGUCCGUUGGCGGGAGAGCUGUGGAAAUGAACUCCUCUGGGUGUCCGCCGAUCCAGGCUGUGGGAAGUCUGUGCUAGCCAGAUCAAUUAUCGAUAAUUUUUCGGAAGCCUCCAGUUUUUCAGUGACAAUAAUCUACUUUUUUUUCAAAGACAACGAUGAACAGAACACUCUUUGUUCAGCACUAUGCACUAUUCUUCAUCAGCUCUUCAGCCAGCGUCCCCAUCUUCUACAACAUGCAUUGCCAUCUUGGGAAAGGAACAGGGGGAAAAUUCGACAAGAGGUUGACGAACUUUGGCGAAUCUUUAUAACGGCAACAUCCGCUGAUUCAACAUCCAAGACCAUUUGUAUCUUCGAUGCGCUUGACGAAUGCCGUGAGAUUGACCAAGGUCGGCUGAUGGAGAAGCUCAAGCACUUUCGCCGUCAGUGGUCUCCAUCAACACAUACUAACUGGUUGAAAUUCCUCGUAACCAGCCGUCCCUAUAAUCACAUCAAGCAUUGCUUUGAAGCGAUUGCAGAUUCAUUCCCGCAUAUACACUUGAAAGGGGAGGAGGAAAAUGAUCAAAUUCAUGAGGAAAUAGACCUGGUCGUAAAGAUCAGAGUGGAAGAGCUGGCUAGAACGGCUCGAUUGUCAUCCAAUAUACGACAGCGACUUGAGCAACAGCUUCUUCAAAUGGAACACCGCACGUACCUUUGGUUACACUUGGCUAUGGAUGACAUCAAAAAUACCUUCGAAAAUAGCCUUCGGCCUGCCGAGGAAUCAAUUCGACUGAUACCGGCAUCUGUGAAUGCGGCAUAUAACAAGAUUCUCAGUCGAAUUCCGUUUGAGCAAGUGGAUACAGUGAGAAAGAUCUUACAAAUUGUUGUCGCAGCACGUCGUCCUUUGACAAUAAGAGAAAUGGCUAUGGCAUUGGGUAUCGCCAUCUGUCCACAAUCGCGAACUGCAGCAGAUGCUGAAAUAGAUCCUGUUCACUUGGAUCAGAAACUACGACGGCUAUGCGGCCUAUUUGUGUUCACCAACAACUCCAAGAUUUACCUGGUCCAUCAGACAGCCAGAGAGUUUCUUAUUAGAAAUGAACUUUCCCACCCCCCAAUUUCUGCAUACUCUUGCAAUCUCGAGGAUACCGAGGAACAAAUGGCUCAGAUUUGUUUGCGGUAUUUAUCCAUGGAUGUUUUGGAAAACAAUGAAGAGAAGACAAACGUUGAUACUCAAAGUUUCUUGAACUAUUCUGCGAUAUAUUGGGCUGAUCACGUACGAAGUAUGUCUCAGACUGCGGACCGCGAGGUAGACGACCUGGUACUUCAAUUGUACAACCCCACAGGACAACGAUUUUCGCUUUGGUUUCCCAUAUUUUGGGAGGCAGUGAUUCCAUGUGAAGAAGCACCUGCAAUGAAUGCCAUUCAUCUCGCGGCAUUCAAUGGGCAUGAGCAGGUACUUCGCUGCCUUUUUGCUAGAGAAAAUGUCAAUCUGAACCAAGCAGAUAGUACGGGGAUUUACCCGGUGAUCUGGGCCUCCAAAAACGGACAUGAAAAGGCUGUGCAAGUGUUGCUAGGGCACGGAGCGGAUGUGAAUGCUCAAUCUGAUCUCUUUGGUACCGCUUUACAGGCUGCUUGUUUCAGCGGGCACAGCAAGGUUGUACGGGUGUUGUUAGAGCACGGAGGUGAUAUCAAUCCCCAGGGUGGACUUUUUGGCAACCCCCUACACGCUGCUUGCUCUAGGGGAGAUGACAGGAUUGUACAAGUGUUGAUAGAGCACGGAGCUGAUGUCAAUACUCAGGGCGACGAUGGCGGCUAUGCUCUCCAGCGUGCCUGUUCUGGAGGACAUGAAAAUAUUGUGCAAGGGUUGUUGGAGCAUGGAGCUGAUGUCAAUGCUCAGGGUGGACACUAUGGUAACGCUCUUCAGGCUGCUUGUUUUGGAGCACAUGUGAAGGUUAUACAAAUGCUGUUGAGGCAUGGAGCUGAUGUGAAUUCUCAGGCUGGAGACUGCGAAAAUGCUUUUCAGACUGCUUGUUCCAUAGGAUUCGCUAGGGUCGUGCGAGUAUUAUUGGAGCAUCGAGCUGGUCUUAGUAUUCAGUGUGAUGAUUAUGGAAAUGCUCUUCAGGUUGCUUGUUCUGGAGGACAUGACAAGGUUGUGCAAGUGCUAUUGGAGCACGGAGCCAAUGUCAAUGCUGAGUAUGAGGACUACGGCAAUGCCUUACAAGCUGCUUGUCAGGAAGGACAUGAAAAGAUUGUGCGAAUUUUGUUAGAGCACGGAGCUAAUGCCAAUACUCAGUAUGGGGACUACGGCAGUGUCCUGCACAUUGCUUGCUUGAUGGGAUUUGAUAAAGUUGUGCAAGUGCUGUUGGAGCACGGAGCCGAUGUCAAUUCUGAGUGUGCGGACUACGGCAGUGUCCUGCAUAUUGCUUGCUCGAUGGGAUUCGAUAAAGUUGUGCAAGUGCUGUUGGAGCACGGAGCCGAUGUUAAUUCUGAGUAUGGGGACUACGGCAGUGUCCUAAGUACUGCAUGUCAGAAAGGGCAUGAAAAGAUUGUGCGAGUUUUGCUAGAGCACGGAGCCGAUGCUAAUACUCAGUAUGGGGACUACGGCAGUGUCCUGCACAUUGCUUGCUCGAUAGGAUUCGAUAAAGUUGUGCAAGUGCUGUUGGAGCACGGAGCCGAUGUCAAUUCUGAGUAUGCGGACUACGGCAGUGUCCUGCACAUUGCUUGCUCGAUGGGAUUCGAUAAAGUUGUGCAAGUGCUGUUGGAGCACGGAGCCGAUGUUAAUUCUGAGUAUGGGAACUACGGCAGUGUCCUAAGUACUGCAUGUCAGAAAGGGCAUGAAAGGAUUGUGCGAGUUUUGCUAGAGCACGGAGCCGAUGCUAAUACUCAGUAUGGGGACUACGGCAGUGUCCUGCACAUUGCUUGCUCGAUGGGAUUCGAUAAAGUUGUACAAGUGCUGUUGGAGCACGGAGCCAAUGUCAAUUCUGAGUAUGAGGACUACGGCAGUGUUCUAAGUACUGCUUGUUCGAUGGGAUUCGAUAAAGUUGUGCAAGUGCUGUUGGGCCACAGAGCCGAUGUUAAUACUGAGUGUGAUGACUCGUAA